AUGUCUACUAAAUUGCAAAAUAAGAUUUACAAAUUCCUGACAACUGCCGAAGAAUGUCAGAUAAAUGCUACAUCAGUUAUUUAUCUUGGACUGAAAAAAGACCGUUGGAUUCCGCAAAAUGAAUUAAGAUCAAUUAUAGACCGAGUUGUAAUUUCCGCCAGCAAUGUAAUCAUGGAAGGUUCUCCUCGUCACUCAAGGAUUUUACAAAUUUCUUCGCAGAAACCGGUUAGACAAAUGAAGCCUACACUUCCGUCAAGAAUUAAAGAUAUGUGUAACGAAUUUGUAUCAAGUUUUUCUAGCCAUGAUGAUUCUAACGGACCUCCAGAAAAGUUAACUCAUGAUGGAACAUGGAAAGAGUAUGAAGAGGAACUUUCAUGUGUCGUAAAUGAAAUUUUUAGUACCAUUAAAGAUGUUUGGAAUAAUCCAGCUCUUAACUCUGACGUGGCAGGGACAUUAAAUGAGGGAACUUAUCAAUCUACUGUUAUUGUACCAUUUAUUCGAGCUGUAUUAAAAAAUCUUCCCUUUGGAUCAUCUUCAUUUAUUAGCACGUCAGAAAGAGAAAGUAUUGCUAGCGCGGAUAGAAAAGAUGGUCAAAUGGGAAGACGUCCAGAUAUCAUGUUCAUAGUGAAUCAUUUAGAUAUGCUCUUUGAAAUUAUGUAUGUUGAAUGUUCGAGACUGGUUUGUAUACAGAAAAAAAAGGACGAUGAUGAUAUUAAGUUAUGGAGAGAAUGUAAUGACGGUAUGUAUUAUACACGAAAAACUCUAAGUCCAGAGAAAGAGCAAUUUGGAAUUGUUGGGAUACAAAUAGCAGAAGAUACUCUACAUCUGAAUGUUCUUAUCAGGGAUAAAAUGAAUGUUCAUAGAUAUUAUAAUAUCGAAUCAGCAAAAAUCCCUGUGCAAGAAUCAGAUGAGAACACUCGAGUUGCCAAACUUGAGGCAGAAAAUACCAAACUAAAACAAAUUAUAGAAGAAAUUGCUAAUCUUAGGAUCGAAAAUACCAAACUAAAACAAAUUAUAAAGCAAAAUCGAACUACUAAUGUUGCUUCGUCAGUAACUCCACAGAUGCCUAUUCCAUCAUCUAUUAAUGGUCACUCUGAUAAAGAUGAUAUCACCAACUCUGUAAAUCUAAAACAGGCACAAA